GAUAUUCAAUAACAACGGAGUGCGGAGUAAGUUGUAGUUCCAUUCUUCACAAAAGUAUAUAACAAUCCUUGCAAAAUGUCUUAUAUGUUAGCUCAUUUGCACAACGGCUGGCAAGUGGACCAAGCCAUACUUUCUGAAGAAGAUCGUGUUGUGGUAAUAAGAUUUGGACACGAUUGGGACCCUUCAUGUAUGAAAAUGGAUGAGGUUCUUUAUAGUAUAGCAGAUAAAGUGAAGAAUUUUGCUGUUAUCUAUCUAGUGGAUAUAACCGAAGUACCUGACUUCAAUAAAAUGUAUGAACUGUAUGAUCCCUGUACCAUUAUGUUUUUCUUCAGAAAUAAGCAUAUUAUGAUAGAUUUGGGUACUGGAAAUAACAACAAAAUAAACUGGCCAUUAGAAGAUAAACAAGAAAUGAUAGACAUUUUGGAAACUGUUUAUAGAGGUGCUAGGAAGGGCAGAGGUUUGGUAGUUUCACCCAAAGAUUACUCAACCAAAUACAGAUACUGAAGAUUUUUCAUGAUGGUAGGUAAUCUUUGGAAGUCAAUAAAGGAUUUUGAUUGGUCGUUGCCUAAAAUUGGCAAUAUGAUUGAUUAUAAUUUCUGAAGAAAAUACUUGAAUGUUGUGAUUAUUUUAUAUUAUGAAACUAGAGAACUUAACUAUCUAUAUUUGUACAUUGGGAAAUUUUUUGGUAAUGAAAAUCAGUAAAAUCGAACUUCAAUCAAUUUGAAUUCAAGUUAUCACUGAUUAUUAUUUAUUUCAAAUUAUCUUGAGUGUCCUGAGAUCGAUUCUAAAAGUCUUUGUGUAUCAAUUUCAAGAAGAAUUAAAAACAUUUUUUAAACAUU